CCGUGCUAUGUCGUCGGACAAUAUUCAAUCGAUGCGAUCAUCGAGAACUCAGCAGCAAAUAAAUUUGAGCACAACUCUCUCCCAUCUCUUCUGCAUCUCGACAACAUUCCUCAAUAUCGCCUUCCUGUUCCUCGUAUCAGGAGUAUAAGGCCCAUAAGCACCAUAAAGAAUCUGUUGUGCAUUGAUGCCUGGUUCCUAAGGCAUCAACCUCUCGCUCGUAGUCUAGAUAGUUUGUAUGGGAGCUCGCUCCACUCUCUUCCCAAUACAACUCUCUCCUCUCUGCAUCUUGAAUCCUACAUACUUCUGAUUAACAACCUUGUCCUUUCACGCUUGUUCGCCCUGAAUAUCAAUCUGGCCCAACUCCCCCUACAAAUCCUGAAUCGUCGGCGUAAGCUUCUGCAAAAACGCCCAGAUCCCAUCCCACCACCAGCACGAUAA